UGAAGGUUUUAUAUUUUGAAAUCGGAACCUCUAUCUUUAAUUAAUAGCUUAUUGCAUAGCUGACAUAUGUUAAAUAAUUUCAACACGUUCAUAACGAGAUGUAUGCAGAAUUACCCAUGCUUUAAGACCGCCUUGAGGAAAUAAUUAAAUACCACGCGGGUCUAUAAAUAGGAUGGUGUCAUUAUUUUAUGUUCAGUGGUGUUUUCACAUGUAGUAACUGGAGGACACUCAAUGCAGAACGGCCGAAUCGUGGAAAAAAAACAGACAACCGAUCGCAAAAUCCAGGGAAACUAGACAAUGACGUCCUUUACAGUCGAAAGUCCCAACGUACGGUACUCAAAAAGAUUUAUAGAGUCUGAUUACACCUACCAGACUAGUACAGUAGAGAAAAAUGGACCCUCGUCUUACAAGGUAACGCCAGUGGAUAUCAAGAUGACAUUUCGCACUGACCGCCAGACACCUCGUCUAGGAUGUAUGUUGGUAGGCUGGGGAGGAAACAAUGGUUCGACGGUCACCGCGGCCGUGCUGGCAAACAAACACCAGAUUUCCUGGCACACAAAGGAAGGAAUAAAAUGUGCUAAUUUCUUUGGAUCUGUCACUCAAGCAUCGACACUUAACAUAGGAUCCGGUCCGGACGGGGAUGUCCACAUUCCUUUCUGCAAUAUUCUACCCAUGGUCAAUCCUAACGAUAUAAUAUUCGACGGUUGGGAUAUAUCCUCGAUGAAUCUAGCAGAUUCAAUGGAACGUGCUCAAGUCCUUGACUGGAAUUUACAAACGCAAUUACGGCCUUAUAUGGAACAGCUGAAACCUCGGCCGUCCGUCUACAUACCGGAUUUCAUAGCAGCGAAUCAACAAGAAAGAGCAGAUAACGUUAUGACUGGAACAAAAGAAGAAAUGAUUGAACAAAUUCGAGCGGACAUUAGAGAUUUUAAAUCAAAGAACGAAUUAGAUGAUGUCAUUGUUUUGUGGACAGCAAAUACAGAACGUUUCUCUGCUGUAGAGGUAGGAUUAAAUGACACAGCCGACGUCCUCCUUCAUUCGGUCAAGAUGAAUGCUGCCGAGAUAUCUCCAUCAACUAUGUUUGGUGUAGCGUCUGUCCUGGAAGGGUGUACAUACAUUAACGGAUCACCACAGAACACAUUCGUCCCCGGCCUAAUAGAACUGGCGGAAUCACACGGAGUACUUAUUGCCGGAGACGAUUUCAAAUCCGGACAGACGAAAAUAAAGUCUGUAUUGGUGGACUUUCUAGUCAGUGCUGGCAUCAAGCCAGUGUCUAUAGUCAGCUACAAUCACCUCGGAAACAAUGAUGGAAUGAACCUGUCAGCACCGAAACAGUUCAGGUCUAAAGAGAUUACGAAGACAAAUGUCGUGGAUGACAUGGUCGAGUCCAAUCAAAUUCUCUACCCGACCGGAAAGAAGCCUGAUCACUGCGUUGUAAUUAAAUACGUGCCAUACGUAGGGGAUAGCAAACGUGCCAUGGACGAAUACACAUCUGAGAUAAUGAUGGGCGGUCUUAACACAAUAUCAAUCCACAAUACAUGUGAAGAUUCCUUAUUAGCAAGUCCAAUCAUCCUUGACCUCAUAAUCCUAGCUGACAUGUGUAAGAGAAUUUCCUUCAAGUCUGAGAGUCAGACCACUUACCAGGGAUUCCAUAGUGUUCUGUCUGUUCUCAGUUACCUUUGUAAGGCACCACUUGUACCACCAGGCACACCUGUAGUCAACGCCCUCUUCAAACAAAGAGCGUGCAUAGAAAAUAUAUUCAGGGCGUGUGUUGGACUUCCUCCACAGAAUUAUAUGGCACUCGAGCACAAAACUAACAUUCCAAAUUUGCUCCCCGGUGUAACUGGAAAGAAUUCAACUGUGUCGACCUUAAAUUCAAAACUGUCAAAUGUAUCAAAUGGUAUCAGUGCUAGCAUAACAAAUGGACAUUGACGACGUUUUAAAUAGACAUACAUAAAUCUUCUAAAUUAAGUGAAGAUGAUAAUGAUUUAAACAUUAUCAGGUUACUAAAGAGAAUAAUUUGAUAAUACAAUAUACGGAAAUUUAUUUUGAUACUUACCUCAAAUCAGUCAUGCACGAUAUACCGACAGGGUAUUUUGAAAUGAUCAUAUUUUAAUAAUUCUAUAACACACUUCAAAAACAACAAUAAUUUAGAUUAAUUUAAUUCAAGACUAAUUUCCCUGCUCUUGGUUUGAUCAUCAAUAUAUCAAAACACUUUAACUAGCUUCGUUGAAAUGUUUUGUGAUCAAGUAAAAUUUUUGUUGGUUUAACUAUCAACGCUUAUUCUUCAUUUUUAAUGUCAUAUCUUUUGUUCCAAAAUGAUCUGAUAAAUCAGAAUGAUCUUAUGCUUCAUUAAAUCACAUCAAAUCAUGUAUCCCAAUAUUACGACGACCAUCCCCUUUCCCAAUAAACUUGAUCCUCGGAGAAUAGUAAUAUUGUACCCCCGCCAUGAAAUGGGGGGCCACAUAUUGUUUCCCAUGUCUGUCGUGUCCCGUCCUGUCCCGUGCUCUCCCGAUGCAAUGCCACUACUUUAUCUCAGGAACUGCUGAUGCGAUCGUCACCAAAACGUUUUUCGGGAUGUCAAGUUGCAGCGGCGGCAUUUAUGUCUUACGGACAUUUUGUUAUGAAUGCGCAAUAUCGCGUUUAUAGAGUACGGGUUAUGUCACCUGUUACUGUGUAUUUUUUCAUCUGUACAGAGACAGUUUCUGAAAUAUUCAUUAUAUUUUUGUCAUGUGAAAUUAAUAUCCAGCCGGAAGACUAAUUCCAGACGUUUGAGGGAUAUUAUAUUAUAUAUAUACUAAAUACACUAAAUGCCUGAAUAUCGUUAUAAUGAAAUAGUUUCAAUGAAUGGUUUGGUGGCACAGGCGGCCGGUGUUCGAUUCUCGAUUCAGAUAUGAAACGGUAUGGGUUCACCUGAAAGGCUAUGUAAGUUUCCCCGGGUACCCUGGUCUCAUCCAACAAUUAAACCCCAUUGUGCGCUUCCAUCUGGGUAAUCAUGAUAUGAUUAAUAAGAAUAAGAUAAAUAAAAUAUAAUAUUACAAUUGACUCAACAUUGAGAUCACCCCAA